AUGGCCGGCGCCAAACCCCCGGUCCAGCUCCCGUUGCUCCAUAACCCCCUCCUCCAUUGCAUCCUCAACAACCCCAACGCGAACAAACACCCGUUUCGCAACACCAUCGACCUCCUCCGCCUCCACCACUACGACUACGCCCUCGUCCUCCCCCCCGCCACCGUCCUCCACCAAUGGUACGAUCCUGCUAGCGACGACCUGCUGAGGCGAGUGCUUCUCCGAGAACUCUGCUACUCGCUGGAAGACUUCAUCCAAUCGCAUAUCAUCAAAAUCCUGCUGGGAUCGAGCCUGACUCCCCGAGCAGCGCUGCUGAUCUAUACCACGAUGAACGGCAAGCAAUUGCUUAUUAAGAAUGGGGUGCUAUUCCCUGGCAAAGGGUUCAAGCGGCAGGUCCGCGUCGAACUCGUUGAUGUUGGCUACGUGCCGACGUUUGCCGACUACUUCCCCCGAGGGGCUCGUCUCUUAGUGCUCUACGUCGAGCUGCUGCUUUGGGGAGCACUGCCGCCAAUAAAACCGCUACCAGCUCCUCCUAAGCCUGCUAAUGAGACUAAUACGCCUAAUGUCCCCGUGGAACUGGUGACGUUUGAUCGCUUACUUCGCAAUUUCCCGUUACUAUCUAAAGUGACCAGCGACCACUUCUACUCGUUGUUUCACCACAAUAACCCCAAAUACCGCGUUCUUCUGACCUAUACACAAAAGCCAGUUGAAGACAUUGUCACUGAAUUCACCCGCAUUCGCGACGACGCCUAUGAUAUCGUCCUGGAGUGUGUGCGCCCAGGAGCACUGCCACUAAGCGACCAGACGAAAGAAAUGCUUCAAAAAGUGAUGGAAACUUACCCCACCAUCGACUUGAACCAGCUUGUUCACGAGUACGUCGAAUUGAACCUUUAUGAUAAAGUGUGGGCUCAACUCCUCCUCCAGUUUAACACUCUGGCUCCGCCGUUGGAUCAGUUCAAACACGUCCUGCUUAACCAGUUGGAUAUGCCCGUACACACACCAUGGGCAAUGGACGAAAUGCACCACCGGGUGGCCAAAGCCGCCGCCACCUUGGCUAAGCUUGACGAUGAUGCUACCAAUAACGCUCGCUUGAAGUUAGAUGUGGUCACAGCUACCGUGCGUCACUUAUCACGAGAGUCUCCCGGUUUGGUGGUCGAUGCUGAUACGCUCAUUGGUCUCCUCAUCAUGGUGGUGUGUCAGGCCCAGGUGGCCCACUUGGACGCCCACCUCUUCUAUAUCCGCAAAUUCAGCGUCAAUGCCACCGAUGGCACCGCUGACUAUAUCUUGGCGAACUUUGACGCCGUACUUUUCUACUUGAAAGAGCAUGGCGACGAUGUGGCUCGCUAUUCUCGUACCAAUCGGGAAUGGUGGCAAGCAGUGAAACGAGCCCCCGAAACGGCGCUGAAAAUGUUAGCUGAAGCUCCGGCUACUCCACAACCAUCGCAUUGGCUUUAUGCUCGCACCGCUGGGGGAGAACUGGCGGCGAUGCUUGCCAUCAAAGCUCACCAGCCCCAACUAUUCAUGGCGCUAUUAUACUAUAAUCCUGAGUGGUUUGGCGUUGAAGACCUCCUAUUUGACCGCACUGUCGAUACUCACCAAAGCUUGCUUAUGGUGUCGCUAGAAGAGAAGUUGACCGAUGUCAAUCGCGAACUUGUGGCGUUUCUCAAGCUUAACUGCUCCCGCAAGGAGAUUGAACUAUACCUUAAUACGGUUGACAGCUCUGGCCGCAGUGUCGGUCACUAUUUAUUCCACGAUAUCGACCUUAUCGACUCGGUGGGCGAGUACAUUAACUGGAACCUCAAGGACCAUAAUGCCCACACCCCGCUCCUCAGUUUGUGUCGGUGCUAUGACCACGCCAAUUACCGUGAGCUUAUCGCAAAAGUGUUUACCGCCAUCACCCACAAAUACGGUCCUGGUGCCCUCGACUUUGACUACCAUGUCGAUAAAGUGAACAACACGUUGCUCCAUGUGAUCAAAUCUGACCUUGAUGCCUCGCAAAUCCUCAGUGAACCCCGCAAUUUGGUUAAUAUCAACCAGACCAACGCUCGCCUGAUGACACCGCUCAUGUUAUACGCCAAGUACUUGCGUAACGAUAAUCUUGACGCCGUGCUUAACGACGACCGGCUUGAUUUCCUUUAUGAGAAUGCCAAGUUCCAUUUGAACGUGUUUGACUACACUCUGUUUAAGGAGUCAGAUCAACCCGGUUCAGAGUCAGCGCAGAAGCUUGUGGCCCACUACCGUAAAAUGGUUGGGCCGCGGUUGGCAGCGUUAAGUUGUCGUUGGGACAGUACGUUGAAGGAUUGGGCGGUGCUUGUUUGUGAUUUAGGCACAGCUAAAGUUUACCCCAUUCACUUGAAAACCAUCGGCCAGUUGAUAUAUACUGGAAAACGCAAAUACCCUUGGCUUCUGGCGUUAGUGGACGAGGAUAAGUUCUGGCUUAACUAUAACUUGAGGGUGAGCGGCAUGCUGAUCAUGAACAAGUUCCAGGUAAACCGCGUGAUUGACCAGCUCAACGUGGUGUUUGAAGCGCUCCACGAUUUGGGGAAACUGGGACAACCGGUGGUGGAGCUGUUCCUUCAAGUACUGAACAACCACCUGACCCUCGAAGCGAUGGAAAAGAUCCACCAGGAACACACUCAGCGGCUAGCAGCCAUGGGUCAGGUGGAGCUAGGUCGCCAACACAUCCAAGAUAUGGAGACAUUCUUCGGCUAUAGCCUUGAUAAUGUGGUCGCGUACCACUGCUUGAUCAUGAGGUUUAAUAAGCUCUUGGCGGUGGCUCUGAUCAAAGUACCGGAAAUUGCGUUUCUGCUUGAGCAAAUGGUCAAAGUGUACGCUGGCGGUCGUGAGUUCCGACUGCUGGAGGCCGGUCCCAUCCACAGUACUUGGAACACAUUGCUCAACUAUACGUCAUGGCUUGAAUUAUCCGUGGCUGAUUUAGUGGGGAACAUCAAGCGAGUAUUGGCCAAAUUGACGGUAUGGAAAGAUACUUACCGCGAGAUCCGUGAGCUCAAUCUGGAAAUCACGAAGUGUGAGGAAUCACUCCCCCCAACCCCUGACCAACAGCCACCACAUGAACCCCCUAGUAACGGAAGCUCUCCCAAUAAUGGCGAGACUCUUGUUCGUCGCAAUACAUUCACCAUUGACCCUGUACCCGAUGACAUUGCUGAAGAGGAUACCACGCUGAGUUUCUUCAACUUUGCCAACAUCGUCGAGAACAAAAAGCUGCGCUACCGUCGGUUACUAUACACCAAAGCCUCCCAAGUAAAAAAGAUCAUGGAUCUUAACCAGGAGCUUAAGUUGGACCACGAGUUGAUGGCAGCCGAGAUCUCGCAGUUCAUCUCAUUCCGAGGCGACUUCAUUCGCCAUGCAUUUGCCAGACACACCCAGGCGGCCCGCGUACGCUUACGCCAGCGGUUGACUGAGCUCCAAAUAUUGAAACGAAGCCUCGUGGACAAUAACGACGCCGGGCUUAGCUAG